GCCAUCAUCGUAAUACGCCGCUGCGAGUCCUCUCCUCCGUGUCAACAAGAUAGCGUACAAAUCGCCGGCGGUGAAUGCCGGCGAAACAAACUUUGAUAUCCGAACAGCGACGUUUUGAUAGUGAACGUUCCCGGGCGAGCGUAGACCAGCAGAAGGAUUCGAUUGACCCACAACCUCCAAAGUGCACCGACGGGAUCGCUAAGCCAUGGCCACCCUAGUGCCCAAAGUGUCCAGUGGCGGCGCUGUGAAGAUGCGCUACACCGGCGAUGAUGUCGGCGUCUCGCGUUGGAGGGAAGGCACCUUUGAGAUCCUGGAAAAGGACAACAAAGUCAAGUUGUGUUUGAAAUUCAACUCUGGAGGCUAUGCCAAAACCUUUGAGCUGAAUCAAAAUGUGAAGAAAGUCUCCUUUGGCAUUAACCGAAUCUCGCUGUAUUUGAAAGACAACCGGUUGAUCGUCCUGGACCAGAUGUCUUCCACUUUGGCCCGGAAGACUAAUGACUAUCUGGAGAAGCUAAUGCAAGGAAAGACAAGUGUUUUAAAAUCAUCCAACGGAAGUGUAAACUUCAGUCUGCCGACCCGCCGCUCAUUGAAGAAUGACAUCAGUCCCUCUGCGGAGAGACAGAUAACAACAAGACGUCAGAUUGCCGAGGGACGGGAGGAUUCCACGCCGCGUAAACCCCUGUGCAGCUCGAGCAGAGCCGCCUCCACACCUACUCGAGCCGGACAUUCCGACAACCGGAAUGAGAAGAGAAAGCGACACCUCGCCUCUGAAAAUGACUUGACUGAGGACUACCCCAAGGAAAACGACUCCUCCAGCAACAACAAAGCCAUUUCGGACCCAUCGAGGGAGUUUUUGCUGAUUUUCAAAGAAAAACUGAAGCAAGCAGAGGACAAUCGCAGUUUAGCUCCCCUGGCUUCAACGACUCCCCUCCAGCCGACUUCAUUCUACAGCAGAGGAUCCGUGACCAAGGAUAACAGCCAGGGCCACUCCUUUUCAGAAAGGGCCACAAGUACAUCGGCGUCACCCGCGGCCAAGCGCAGCCUCCUGCUGCCCGUUCACUCCACUCCUUCCAAGAAAGUGCGACCCUCCGUGGAUUACGGCGGCUGGAACAAGCUGAGGCCCUCGGCCGCAGUCCAGUCGCAGCCUCCCCUGCAAGGGUUUUCAAAUUUGGGCAACACUUGCUACAUGAAUUCCAUUCUGCAGUCACUCUUGAGCCUCCCGUCCUUCUCCAAUGACUUGCUGAGGCAGAGCAUCCCUUGGAAGAAAGUGCCCACCAAUGCGCUGCUCAGUCGUUUUGCUCAUCUUCUGGCCAAGAAGGACGUGGGUUGCCCGGAAACGCAAAAGGACCUCUUGAGGAAAGUGAAAAGUGCCAUCUCAUCCACCGCCGAGCGUUUCUCUGGAAAUAUGCAGAAUGACGCUCACGAGUUCCUCAGCCAAUGUCUGGACCAGCUGAAAGACGACAUGGAGAAAGUGAACAAAAGUCAGGCAUCUGCAACCAAGCCGGAUCCCGGCGAAGAAGCCGACACCUCUCGCAUCUACACCUGCCCUGUGGCUGUCAACAUGGCGUUCGAAGUGCAGCACACCAUCACGUGCAAAAGUUGUGGCGAAGUGUUAAUCAAGCGCGAGCAGUUCAACGACCUGUCCAUCGACCUACCUCGCAGGAAGAAGACCCUCCCGCUUCGAUCGAUCCAAGAUUCCCUGGAUCUGUUUUUCAGGUUGGAGGAAAUUGAAUAUUCCUGUGAGAAGUGCAAUAGAAAAACAGCCACGGUUACACACAAAUUCAGCAAACUACCCAGAGUGCUCAUCCUUCAUCUGAAAAGGUACAAUUUUAACGCCCAGCUGUCUCUGAACAGCAAGCUCGGCCAGCAGGUGGUGAUACCCCGCUACCUGACCCUACUGUCACACUGCACCGACUCCACACGACCCCCCAUCCCUCUCGGCUGGAGUUCCCAAGCGUCCAGAGCACUCAAAACAUCCCAGCCACUCAGUGCGUCCAUGGCUCCUCUCCGGAAGCUCGCAGGGAAGACAGUUAAUUGCAACAACAACGCAUCGGCGCUAGUGGAAGAGGAAGAGGAAGAGGAGAAGCUUUGCAGAAAGGCGAGCACCGCUCGCAGACGACGAAUCAGCAACAGUCUGCCGGAAGAUGAUGAACGACCAGAAGAGCGGGGAGAUCCAACCGAUCUCAGUGGGAUCAACGACGAUGAAAUGUUAGAAGCCGUGCUAGAGUUCAGUCGGCAGGAGGCCGGUGUCACCGCGCCGCCUUUGGUCCUGGACGACGAGCCUACGAGCAGCCCGGACACGGGCUUCGGCGACACGGAUGCCCAGGAACUGGCCUAUCACACUGAGCUGAUGGAGACGGACACCAAACAGCCCGCAAACGUGUUGGAUUCCUUGGACUUGACCAUGGACGAGAACAAAGAGAACCAAACCCCAGAAGGUUCGCAAGGCCAACAGGGGGAAAUCGAUUGGGUCCAGCAAUACAACUUGGAUCAGGAGAGGGAGGAUCAGGAGUUGCAGCAAGCGCUGGCUCAAAGCCUCAAGGAGCACGAAGCCCAAGAGUUGAGAGAGGCGGAUGAUCUGAAGAGGGCCACCGAGCUCAGCUUGCAAGAGUUCAACAAUUCUUUGCCCGAGCACAUAUGCUCGGACGACGACUCCGGCAACGAAGAUGUGCUCGACAUGGAAUACACGGAAGCCGAAGUCGAGAGCCUCAAGAGGAACGCGGAGUGCGGGGACUUGGCCAACUCUUUUCGGCUCAUCAGUGUCGUCAGCCACAUCGGGAGCAGCUCCACCUCUGGCCAUUACAUCAGCGACGUUUACGACAUGAAGAAGCAGUCGUGGCUGACUUACAACGACCUGGACGUGUCGCGCACCCAUGAGGCGGCCGUCCAGCGGGAGCGCGACCGCAGCGGAUACAUUUUCUUCUACAUGCACAAGGAUGUGUUUGAGCAGCUGUCCGAAAUGGAGAAGGCCCCCGGCAAUGUCUCGGACCUGGGGAGAAAUGUUCUGCAGCCCCUCUGAGCCCCCACCACGCCUUCGACCACGAAACAGCCUGAACGUAACUAGACUGGUGUCUUAUUUACUACUGAUUGCUCGGCCCCACCCCACCCAACCCAGUUUUCAAUGUUGGCACUUGUUUCGCACAACAGAGAACAGAAACAACCCCGUCGUAUGCGUGUCUGAAGCGCUUAAAACCCAUUUGAUCAGUUGUUUUGGGGUUUAUGCUUUGCUACAGUUCUAUCAACUAACUGUUUUAUUAACUUGCCACAGCAGGAGCUACUGGAAGUGUUUCGAUUUCCUCCCUCGGCCCUCUGUUUUGUGAACCGAUUACAAAACGACGAUGUUGGAUGAUAAGCUAUUAUUUAGAGUGUAGAGAGUGUUACUGUAUUUUGCGGGUACAGUCAGUGCAAUAUCCUUUUUUGACACAAUUCAAGCACUGUGUCGAUUUUUCUGAAGCUGCUCUUUCUGCUUUAGUCCUUACAAGUUCCAGCAAAAAAGCCCUUCUAUGUCUUGCGUUUUGCUCGUGUGCCUCCUCAAGUCUUUCGUAAAUGUUUAUGUAUAAGCUUUAAACUUGUUUUUUCUCCACCCGAUAUUUUUGUCAAAAUUAAGCAAUUUUUAGUCAAGAGUUUUUCUAUUUAUUGCAACCUCGGGUUGUCCAAAUCGACCGGCAAAGAUGCAGAACACCAGGGAGGCAAGAUAUGUUACGUUUCAGUCUGAACCUUCAUCAGUCCCAUUCGGUCUUUUUGCAGAGACUAAUAAACUCAUGCCCGUAACCAUGACACCCUCCAGGAAUUGGCCACGUUCAGUUUCCUGUACAGCCUCCUUGUUCAACCUGACAGAAUUCUUACAGCAGACUUUGGUAAUAAAACACUUCAAUGAA